UCCAUUUCUCUGGGGUAAAUGCCCAGGAGUGCAAUUGCUGGAUCCUGUGAUAGUUACAUGUUUAAUUUUUAAAGGAAUAGCCAAAUUGUUUUCUAGAAUACCUGUACCAUUUACAUUCCCACCAGCAGUGUAUGAAUGAUAUAGUUUCUUCACAUCAUCACCAUUUGGAUUUUCACUGUUUUUUAUUUCAGCCAUUGUGGUUUUAAUUUUCAUUUCCCUGAUGGCUAAUGAUAUUGAACCUCUUUUCAUGUGCUUAUUUUCCACUUGUAAUGCUUUUUGGUGAAAUGUCUGUUCAAAUCUUUUGCGCAUUUUAAAUUGAAUCAUUUGUUCCUUACUGUUGAGUUUUGAGCGUUCUUUACGUAUUCUGGAUACAAGUCCAUUGUUGUAAAUGUGGUUUGUAAAUAUUUUGUCCCAUUCUGUCGCUUGUUUCUGUAUCUUCUUAACAGUCUUCUGCAGAGCAAGUUUUUCAUUUUGUUGAAAGUGAAUUUUUCUUUGAUAGAUCUUGCUCUUGGUGUCAAAUCAAAGAACUCUUUGCUUAACCCUAGGUCCUGAAGAUUUCCUCCUUUGUGUUUCUAAAGUUUUUUUACUUUUACAUUUAAGUCCAUGAUCCAUUUUAAGUUAACUUUUGUAUAAGGCAUGAGACUUAGGUUGAAGUUCUUUUUUUUUUCCUAUUGUUCCAGUACCAUUUGUUAAAAAGACCAUCUUCCUCCAUUUGAUUACUUUUCUACCUCUGUCAAAAAUCUGUUGGGCAUAUUCGUGUGGGAGUAUAUUCAUUUUAAUACUGCAAAAUAUAUUAGGUUGUGGUAGGCAGAAUAAUGGGCCCCCUAAGAUGGCUAUGACCUAAUCCCUGGAACUUGUGAACAUGGUAGGUUACAUGGCAAAGGAGAAUUAGGGUUGCUAAUCAGCUGACUUUAAAGUAGGGACAUUAUCCUGGAUUAUCUGGGUGAGCCUGAUGUAAUAACAAGGGUUAUUAAAAGUGGAAGAGGGAGGCAGAAGAGAAAGGUCAGAGAAUGAGGUGUAAGGAUAGAAGCAGGGUUAGAGAGAUGCAGUGUUGUUGGCUUUGAAGACUGAGGAAGCUGGCCAGGAGGAUCCAAGGAAUGUGAAUGGCCUCUAGAAGAUGGAAAAGGAUGCUCCAGGAUGAAACGUCAUAGAACUCUCAGCAGCAGUGACAGUUCAGACGAGAGUCCUUCCACUUCCUUUACUUCUGGCUCAAUGUAUAGGAGCAAGUCAAAAAUUCCAAAUGAACACAAGAAACCUGCUGAGGUAUUCCGGAAGGACCUUAUCAGUGCGAUGAAACUUCCAGACUCUCACCAUAUUAAUCCUGACAGUUAUUACCUCUUUGCGGAUACAUGGAAGGAAGAAUGGGAAAAGGGAGUCCAGGUACCAGCCAGUCCAGACGCUGUUCCACAGCCUUCCCUCAGGAUUGUAGCCGACAAGGUAAAGGAGGUCCUAUUUAUCCGACCCCGGAAGUACAUCCACUGCUCCAGCCCAGAGACUGCAGAGCCUGGCUACAUCAACAUCAUGGAGCUGGCGGCAUCUGUGUGCCGCUAUGACCUAGAUGACAUGGACAUCUUCUGGCUCCAGGAACUCAAUGAAGACCUCGCAGAAAUGGGUUGUGGGCCAGUUGAUGAGAAUCUUAUGGAAAAGACAGUAGAAGUCCUGGAACGCCAUUGCCAUGAAAAUAUGAACCAUGCUAUUGAGACAGAGGAAGGGCUAGGCAUAGAGUAUGAUGAAGAUGUGAUCUGUGAUGUGUGCCGGUCUCCAGACAGUGAAGAAGGGAAUGAUAUGGUGUUCUGUGAUAAGUGUAACAUCUGUGUGCAUCAGGCCUGCUACGGCAUCCUCAAGGUCCCAGAAGGCAGCUGGCUGUGUCGCUCCUGUGUCCUGGGCAUUCAUCCACAAUGUCUGUUAUGUCCAAAGAAAGGUGGAGCCAUGAAGACCACCAGGACAGGGACUAAAUGGGCUCACGUCAGCUGUGCCCUGUGGAUUCCAGAGGUCAGCAUUGCUUGUCCUGAGAGGAUGGAACCAAUCACAAAGGUCUCCCAUAUUCCGCCCAGUCGGUGGGCCUUAGUCUGCAACCUGUGCAAGUUGAAGACAGGGGCUUGUAUUCAGUGCUCAGUGAAAAGCUGCAUCACUGCCUUCCACGUCACCUGUGCCUUCGAGCACAGCCUAGAAAUGAAGACCAUCCUAGAUGAUGGGGAUGAAGUAAAGUUCAAGUCAUACUGCCUCAAGCACAGCCAAAACAGGCAGAAGCUCGGGGAGGCCGAGUACCCUCUACACAGGGCUUCAGAGCAGGGCCAGACCAAAAGCGAGAAGACCAGCGUGCGGGCACAGAAGCUCCGGGAGCUGGAGGAGGAGUUCUAUUCCCUGGUCCGUGUGGAAGAUGUGGCCGCAGAGCUGGGGCUGCCCACGCUAGCUGUGGACUUUAUCUAUAACUACUGGAAACUAAAGCGGAAAAGUAACUUCAAUAAGCCAUUAUUUCCUCCCAAAGAGGAUGAAGAAAAUGGUCUGGUGCAGCCAAAAGAGGAGAGUAUUCACACUCGCAUGAGAAUGUUUAUGCACCUACGGCAAGACCUAGAGAGGGUCCGAAACCUGUGCUACAUGAUAACCAGGCGAGAGAAGCUGAAACUGUCACAAACCAAAAUACAGGAACAGAUCUUCAGUUUGCAAGUCCAGCUUGCUAACCAGGAAAUUGCUGCAGGACUUCCUUUGACAAAUGCACUAGAAAAUUCAUUGUUUUACCCACCACCAAGAAUUACCUUAAAGUUAAAAAUGCCCAAAUCAGCCCCAGAAGACUGCAGAAACAGCUCCACAGAGCCUGAUCAUGGACCUCUCUCUCCUGACGGCAGCUCCCCUGUUUGCAAUAUGAGGAGCAUGCAGGUGGCUCAGGAAUCACUAGAAAUGAGAAUGAAGUCAUACCCAAGGUAUCCACUAGAGAGCAAGAAUAACUGUUUGCCGGCCAGUCUCAGCCAUGCUAGGAGUGAAGCAAAGGAUCCCAGUCCUGCUUGGAUAACUCCAUCUCCAGAGUUCUAUCAUGGGCAGUCUCUGGGAAAGCCUCUGGUCCUUCAGGCUGCCCUGCAUGGACAGUCUUCCAUUGGGAAUGGGAAAAGUCAGCCUAACUCCAAGUUUGCCAAAUCCAAUGGCCUGGAGGGCAGCUGGUCUGGGGAUGCCACCCAAAAAGACAGCUCAAGUGAGAUGUUCUGUGACCAGGAGCCCAUGCUCAGCUCCCACUUGGGCAGUCAGGGCAGCUUUAGAAAAUCUACCAUGGAACACUUCAGCAGGUCCUUUAAGGAGGCCACCAACAGGUGGGUGAGGACCACAGAGGACCUCCCGUGCUAUGUGAAGCCAACCAAGAAUACUAACCCCAAGGAGCAGCUCUGGGGCAGGCAGUUUGUCAGGCGGUCUGCAGGGAGAGCUCCAUAUCAGGAAAAUGACGGGUAUUGCCCAGAUUUGGAGCUGAGUGAUUCAGAAGCAGAAAGUGAUGGGAAUAAAGAGAAAGUUAGGGUAAAGAGAGAUAGCUCAGACAGGGAAAAUCCUCCCCAUGACUCCAGACGGGAUUGCCAUGGUAAAAGCAAGACAUAUCCCCUUUCCCACAGUUCAAUGCAUAGGUGAUUAGAAAUUCCACGAAAAACUCCAUCUUUGCCUUUGCCUCAUAUAUUGGGGAAAACCCAUACACCAAAAGGAUUCUAGUAUAUGUUAGGAGGAAUUGUAGUGAAAAGGAUAAAAUUUUUCCACAGUAAAUUGGCUUGCAGUUUUUGAACCAGUUUCAAGUCCAAUUUUCACGAGCACAUCAUAGAAAUUACAUAUUGUCCAAAAGUUUAGGGGUUUGUUUUGUUUUGUUUUUUUGCCAGAGGCUAGUGAGAACAGCUGGGACCAGAGUAUUUGCUCAGUAAAUACUUUGGGGCAGCUUUCCAAUUAUAUUAACACAUAUGUAUUAAGAGUCCUUGCAUUGUCCUUGAUUUGCAGGAGAUCAUGAUUAUCAGACACUAAAACUACUUAUCUUUUGAAGCUACAGCAUGUGACUUCCAGAGCUCCUGUCUGUAAGAAGUUUCCACUGGUACCUGGAAACCCUCUUUAGGGAGAGACCAGGGACCAAUAUCUCAGAUACUGUCAAACUCACUACUCUCUUCCUUUGCUCUGAACAAGGUUGAGUUCCUUUCACAGUAUCUUAACUUACCAAGUCAAUACACCUAAUGCUUAUAAGUGUCCAGUGCCUGUUCCUAGACUUGCUUGUUGGGGACGCACUUGUAACUAUUUCACCCAGCUAACAAGCGUAAAAGGCUAACUUGUGGAUAGUGUUUACAAAAGUACUACUUCCAAGGAAAAUGCUCUGAUCCUCUCAGUUUAGGCAUUUGUGAAGGAUCCCAGAGCCUUUCCCAAAGUGAGAACAUUUCUGGAGGGUUUGUAUCAGGUCAGGGUUUUUGUGUUAUUGUUUUCAAAUAAGUUUGACUUAAAUAAGUUUGGCUGACAGUUUUUGUAUACCUGCUUUAAUGUUUAUAAAAUUUUUAUUGAGGUAUAAUUAAGAUAUAGUAAAAUGCAGAGAGGUUAAGUAUUCUUACCUGCUUUAAUUUUGAAACAGAUUUUUAUUGUCAAACAGAAUUUGAAAGCAUGUGUUUAACACAUGGAUAUAAUUUAGCUUUGUACCAACUUUGAAUCCAAGGCAAUUUCCCAAACAAAAGGGCUGGAGCUGUUUUUCAGAAGUUACUCAUACUCUGUUCCCAAACUAUCAGCCUUUAUUAAUUUCUGGGAGGAAGAGGAUAAUUACAUUAGUGGGAGAUAAAACAUACCUGCUUCAUGUUUAAAGAAGAGGAAAAUGUUACAGUUUUUAAAGUGUGAAGCCAACUAUAAUUCUCUGCUCUCUUUUCUUCUUAGCCUUAAAUUAAUAUUCUCUUUCUUCUAGUUUGGGAACAUGUAGUGAGACUUUUCAGACAAAAGAGGCCAUUUUAGAUAUUUUAAGUUGCUUCCUGGUGAAACAGCCCAGCUGCAGUAAAGGCAGGGGCCCCUCUUCUCUCCGUCAAUAUGGGAAGCUCAGCAGUUUUCCUCUCCCCCGCUUUUGUUCCUGUAGCCUGUAGCUUUGUUAAUGAGUUCCUUUGCUUUUAUUUCUUCCUCCUUUUCUGAAAACUUCUGUAUUUUGCCUCUCCUUUGGCUACACCUUCAAAAUGUUUCUUUUGUGCCUGUGUACAUUUGUGAACAUGCCAUAGCAUGUGUAAUAGGUGUCCUAUGCUUUGUUUGAAUGGAAAAAGCUAUGGAUUAUCCAAAUGAGGAACAGUAGUUCUCCUAUUUAUGCACUAGGUUUCUGUGCUUUUUCUUUGCAUUCUCCUGGGUUCGAUAUUAAUUUGAUACCUUCAUGGUAAUAAAAUUGUAGUGGAGCUAUGUUAUAAACUCCUGUUAGAGGCCAGUGCAGUAGCCUAUAUCCUUUCAUGCCUUUCAAUUCUGAGUGAGGAAGAAAAGCAAACAUUGAAAAAGUGCUUCAGCCAAAUUCCAUAUGUAAUGCCAUUGGGAGAGUAUUGACUAAAAUAAUUUCAGUCAGGGAAAUAUAGUUGUAAUAUUUUUACAGGAUUUUCCUAGGUAAAUGAAGGAGCCUUCAGUUGUGUACAUUUCAAUUGCCCCCAAAUGUAUUUGCUACAUUUUGCUGUUGUUUGAAGUAUUACCUCUUAAUCUUCUUUGUUAAAUUUUUUUUCGUUUUGUCUUAUAUAGUCCAGUUUUCAAAGAUAAACUCGGUCUUUUUUCAAAUGUCACCUUUUUACUGAUACUUUUUCAUUAAAUUAUGAAAACUGUUAA